AUGGGUCGGUUGCAAAAGAUUCUCAUUCCCUUUUUGGGAUUGGUUUUGGCCUUCUGGUUUUAUUCUGCGAGGGAGAAUUUCAAACCGGAGAUGCUGAAAGGGAAGCGGGUGCUUGUCACCGGAGCGAGCACUGGAAUCGGCGAGCAGAUGGCGUAUCACCUGGCACGGAUGGGCUCCCACAUUCUGAUCACAGCACGGACCGAGGCCAAGCUCCAGAAAGUAAAUGGCAAGCCCAGCACUCUCACACGCAUGCUCGUGGCGGUCUUAAAAGGCUCCAAAGACACUCCCCAAAGGCCAAACCGCUCACUAACGCCUGCUCCUCUGCUGGCAGGAGGCCUCGACAUGCUGAUUCUUAAUCACGUCGGCACGUCGUACUUUGGUUAUUUCAACGGGGACGUUGAGCACGUGCGAAAGCUCCUCGACAUCAACUUCCUCAGCUACGUGGCGAUGACUGUGGCUGCGCUGCCCAUGCUGAAGGAGAGCAAGGGCAGCAUCGUGGUGGUUUCAUCCAUGGCAGGUAAAGUCGGGUUUCCCUUCACGGUGCCCUACUCUGCGACUAAGUUUGCCUUGGACGGAUUUUUCAGCUCCCUGAGGCAGGAAUUCCACAUGCAGAAUAUCGAUGUUUCCAUCACGCUCUGCAUCCUCGGCUUCAUCGACACUGCCAGCAGAUUCCUCAGGACAAGCGUGCGGGUUCUGGGGCGUAAGAGCCACCCAGCGAACGGUCGGUCUUACACGAGUCGCGGUGUCACGCAGGAGCGGGCAGAAGCACCCAUCAGGAUCUAA